GGGAGUAAAACGUCAAAUGACAGUGACUGAAUCUGACAUAUGCUGACAUAUGACAAAAAUCACAAGAUAAACAAAACGAAUACACGAAUACCUUGAACAUUGGAUAUGAAAGAAAUGUGAUUCUUUAAUUUAUCCUUAAAACAAAAAUAUAAAAAUGGCUGAAGCAGCAAAACCAGGGGCGCAGCCCCUUGUGAAGAUUGGCCACUACGUGUUGGGGGCCACCCUAGGUGUAGGCACUUUCGGUAAAGUAAAGAUUGGCGAACACCAACUUACAGGUCACAAAGUCGCAGUAAAGAUUUUAAACAGACAAAAGAUAAAAAGUUUGGAUGUUGUGGGCAAAAUUAGAAGGGAGAUUCAAAACCUUAAAUUAUUCAGGCAUCCACACAUUAUUAAAUUAUACCAAGUAAUUAGUACACCUACAGAUAUUUUUAUGAUUAUGGAAUAUGUGUCUGGAGGAGAACUAUUCGAUUAUAUUGUUAAACAUGGAAAGUUGCAGGAACAUGAAGCGAGAAGGUUUUUUCAACAAAUUAUUUCAGGUGUUGACUAUUGCCAUAGACAUAUGAUCGUACAUCGUGAUCUAAAACCAGAAAAUCUACUGUUAGAUCACAACAUGCAUGUCAAAAUAGCUGACUUUGGUCUAUCAAAUAUGAUGAUGGAUGGAGAAUUCCUAAGAACCAGUUGUGGAUCACCCAAUUAUGCAGCUCCUGAGGUUAUAUCAGGGAAGUUGUAUGCUGGCCCAGAAGUAGAUAUAUGGUCCUGUGGAGUCAUUUUAUAUGCCCUCCUAUGUGGCACUCUACCCUUCGAUGAUGAGCAUGUACCUACACUAUUCAGAAAGAUCAAAUCAGGCAUAUUUCCUAUUCCCGAUUAUUUAAAUAAACCAGUUGUGAACCUACUCUGUCAGAUGUUGCAAAUAGAUCCAAUGAAGCGUGCCAGCAUUGAGGAUAUCAAAAAACAUGAAUGGUUUCAGAAGGAUUGUCCUGCCUAUCUAUUUCCUUCUCCUGUUGAACAGGAUUCAUCGGUUAUCGAUAUUGAUGCAAUUAGAGAAGUUUGUGACAAAUUUGGCGUCCAGGAAGCAGAAGUCCACAGUGCUCUAUUGAGUGGUGAUCCUCACGACCAGCUUGCUAUAGCCUACCACCUUAUCAUCGACAAUAAACGUAUCGCAGACGAAGCAGCCAAAGCAGAAAUCAAAGAUUUUUACGUGGCUGUAAGUCCUCCGCCAACCAGUCCGAGUCCUAGUCCCCACGAUACUACGAGCAGUCCGAUGAAGCCACAUCCAGAAAGAAUCGCUCCACAACGACCAUGGCCUCCCACUACGACUCCCACUGAUAGAGGCAAAGUUAAGAGAGCAAAAUGGCACUUGGGAAUUCGAUCACAGAGUAAACCAAACGAUAUUAUGAUGGAAGUGUACAGAGCAAUGAAAGCGUUAGAUUACGAAUGGAAAGUUAUCAACCCCUAUCAUAUUCGCGUGAGGCACUCGAACAAGAUGCAGAACAGACAUGUUAUGAUGUCACUACAACUCUAUCAGGUGGAUUACAAAAGUUAUCUCUUGGAUUUUAAGAGUUUAAGCAACGAAGAAGCGGAAUCAAACAUUGGAACUGUCCUCAUGGAUGCCAUCGCCACCCCCAUUCAAAAUCUUUCAAUAAGCAAUGGCAAACCAACAGGGCACCAUACUAUGGAGUUUUUUGAGAUGUGUGCUGCCCUGAUUAUACAAUUAGCUCGUUGAAAUGUUAAAAUCGCUUAUAUUGUACUUAGUAGUAGUUACCUAAUAUGUUAUAUAUUUUAUUUUGAAGAAAUGGCUUUAAUUUUA